GAGAGAGACCGGAUUCAGUCAGUUCAAGGCUGUUCGAAGUUCGAACAAUAACAAUCUUCUUCCUAAAUCCUAGUUGUAGUUGUCUUAAUACACGCAUACACACACAUUCCAAUUGAAACAUACACACACCUACCCACUUAGCUGCUACCGCGCGCCCUCGAGUUUGUCGACUUGGACGAAUUUAUAAACGCCACCUUGGGGGUCGCCGUGUCAGCCUCUGUUCUUCGCCUCCCUAACGCACGCCACCAUUCUGCAUAUUUCCUUUCUUCACAUCUGCUUUUCUUGAUCUCUUCUACUCCCUUCCCUCUUUCCAGAUUCGUAUCAGUUUUUUCUCUGAUUCGCACAUUCUUCUCCGUUAACCACUGUUCUAAAAUCCAGGAGUUUUUCUCUCUUCCUUAUUUUGCCUCGGUUUCAUCGGAACCAUUCUGCGCUUUUUCUUUUUAUUUCUUCAAGUUUCAGGAUGGCUGCUGUUUCCUUACACCAAGCGUUUGGGGCCAUUCAGACCCACGGGUUUUGCAACGAAUCUGGUUCUCAGCAGAGAUUCGGUAAUUUUUCAGUGAAAUUGGUUUCAAAAGGCUUUGGGGUUGACGUUAGACUGUUGAAAAGAGGAAGUUGUAGCUCUAGUGAUUGGAAAUUGCAUGUAAUUCAAGCGUCAACAUCCAGCACUUCAGUGGCUGAUCCAGUUUCAUCUCCCUCAAACAACAAUAUAAAUGACUCUCGAAAGAAAUCAAGUGAAACUGCUUUGAUCUUGAUUCGGCAUGGUGAGUCUUUGUGGAAUGAGAAGAACCUGUUUACAGGUUGUGUUGAUGUUCCCUUGACCAAGAAGGGUGUUGAAGAGGCAAUUGAAGCUGGCAAGAGAAUUAGUAAUAUACCUGUCGACAUGAUCUAUACAUCUGCAUUGAUUCGUGCACAGAUGACUGCUAUGCUUGCCAUGACACAGCAUCGCCGCAAGAAGGUGCCAAUAAUCAUGCACAAUGAGAGUGAACAGGCAAAAGCAUGGAGUCAGAUUUUCAGUGAAGACACUAAGAAACAAUCUAUUCCAGUUAUAGCAGCUUGGCAAUUAAAUGAAAGAAUGUAUGGAGAGUUACAGGGUCUAAAUAAGCAGGAAACUGCAGAUAAAUAUGGAAAAGAGCAAGUGCAUGAAUGGCGUCGUAGUUAUGAUAUUCCACCUCCCAAUGGUGAGAGCCUGGAAAUGUGUGCUGAAAGAGCUGUUGCCUAUUUCAAGGAAAAUAUUGAACCUCAACUUCUAUCUGGGAAGCAUGUAAUGAUUGCUGCACAUGGGAACUCACUGAGGUCCAUUAUUAUGUAUCUUGACAAACUGACUUCCCAGGAGGUCAUUAGCUUAGAACUAUCAACUGGGAUUCCUAUGCUCUACAUAUUUAAAGAAGGGAAAUUUAUCAGGAGAGGUAGUCCAGUGGGACCUACAGAGGCUGGUGUUUAUGCUUAUACUAGAAGUUUGGCUCUUUACAGGCAAAAGUUGGAUGAAAUGAUGUCUCAUUAACUUGACUCAAAUGAAGGUGGUCAUUAUGUGUUUGUAUCCUCAACAUUCAUUCAUAUUGGUGUUAUAUCAAGUUAUCAUUGUACUUGUCGAUAGGAGAAUUUUUUUAAACAAUAUAGAUAGACUAGAGAGUUUCAGUUCAGCCGUGGAUAAGCAAGCUAGAUUGUUAGCGUUUUUCAUUUUGGGUUGAUUGCUACAGUACCCGGCUAUUUUGUGGAUUUAAGAUGUAGAACUUGUAGUUCUGUAACAGAGACUGCUUUUUUCUUUUUGUUUGAAAUAAGAGAAUAUAAUUCUUUUGUUAUUUUUA